UCACUCGUUUCUUUUUACUCGUUCCACAACAUUUCUUUUCUUUCUUUGUAUUUAAACUCAACGGCUUACUCAUUCUCUCUCUUCCCCCCUGCUUUAACGUUUAACUCUUCCCCACGUUUUAUACACUCAUUCUCUUUCUUCAGAAUUCAAGCCCGAUCAAAAUUCAAAGAACUAAAUAUUUGUAAAGAGAGGAAAAUUUAUUGAUUAAACUGGAAUAUAUUUUUGUAGGAUUUUUCUCCAAUAUUCGAGGCACAAUUCGACGUUUGACGUUUGAUUUUUAAUUGUAUAAUCAUCAAUCGUACUUCCAGGUAUUAGAUCCUCUGUGGCGAGUGGUAAAGAUAUGACUGAUCAACGAGUGUACCCAAGAGAAUCACCACCUGUAUCCGGCGAGCACUCAAAUUCAAAGUUAAUGGCAGACUCACCUUCACCACCAGUGUCAGGUCAACAUCAUCAUGGGAGAAACAUGAGUCAAGACUCGUUUGCCUCCUCAAAGAUGAGCUAUGCAGGCUAUGGUUACGCACCAAACCCUGGAACUUAUGUGGUGCAAGUGCCUAAGGACCAAAUAUACCGCGUCCCACCACCAGAAAAUGCCCACAAAUACAAGCUCUACACCAACAAGAAGGCUAGGCAAGGCGGGUGCAGAAGUUGCAUAUGCUACUUCUUGGCAGCAAUACUCAUCCUUGCAAUUCUACUUGCUGUUACUGGCGCUGUUUUGUACCUUGUCUACAAACCCAAGGCUCCUACUUACUCUAUUGAGAAUUUGCACGUUAGAGGGAUUAAUCUUACAUCAACUGCUACCUCCACUACCAUUUCUCCUGUUUUUAACGUAACUAUAAAAACAGAGAAUAACAACGGUAAAAUUGGGAUUUACUAUGAGCAAGGAAGCUUGAUUAAAAUUUACCAUGAUGGGUUAAAUCUUUGUGACGGUAAAUUGCCAGCGUUUUACCAGCCACCUAAGAGUUUAACGGUGUUUUCAACGGAGUUAAGUGGGGCCGGGAUUGUCUUGUCCAAGUCAGCACGUCAGAAGCUACUAACGGAGCAGAAAAAAGGAACGGUGCCGUUAGAUAUUAACGUUGAGGUUCCUGUUAAGAUCAGGAUUGGGUCCGUUAAGACUUGGACCAUUUCAAUUGAUGUUUCUUGUGAUGUAACGGUCAACGCAUUAACGGCAAAUGCCAAGGUUGUUUCUAAGAAUUGCAAAGUCAACGCCAAGCCUUGGUAAUUCGUGGGACCCAAAUGACAUGGAUUUUUUGCAGGCGUAAUUGGUGGUUGGUGGGACUCGAUUUAAUCGAACAGAAGUGGAUAAAUUAUGGGAUGAUUUUUUUCUGUUUAUCCUACCUUGUGUUAUUUUUAUAUUCUUAUAUUUUAUUUUUUUGGGGAAUUUUGUUGUUUAAUAUUUCAUGUUGAUAUUUGACAACUAAUGAAGUGCAUAACCGAGGGGGAUGUUUCCGAAGUAAAGGGGGAAACAAGGAAACGCCUCAAAAAGAUGGAGUAUAGUUAAUCCAAACUUGAGGGUCGUGAAUACAUUAUAUAUGUAUAAUUUAUGCAAUAAAUGAUGAAUGAUUAUUUAUCAUGAAAUAAGACUCAACGGUCCAUGUCUA